AUGACGCCUGUACCCGCCCGCUCCGUGAACACGCAGGCCGACGCGCCCUCUCACCUCGCGCCCUCGCAAACUAGAGAUGGCCGUUCACUGUCGGCGGCCAGCGCCAUGGCCGCCUCGCGAGGGGGCGUGUCCUCGUAUGCCACAGCCAACACGGGACCAGGCAGCUUCAGCUCGCAGCUGGUUAGACCGACGACGUCGCAAGAUGGCAGACUGCGCCCAGACUUCGACAUGCACGCCAUCACGAUUGCGGAGAAUGAUGCCUUGACCAGCGAGCAGCGACAGGCAGAGCUACAGGACGCAAUUGAGAAAGAGACGAAGAUCAAGAUUGGGUCGGAAAAUCUGCUGGAAGCAUUGAAUGCGAAGAAUGCGAAAAACACAAAGGAUCAGAGGCUGCAGGUGGAGGAGCAGCUCAACAUCUCCAAUAGAAAGCUUGCGCGCCUCAAGUCAGGGCUAGCCGCGGAAAUACAAAGAGCAAAAGAGGUCAAAUCGCCACCAGCAGACCCUCAGAGCCGGCUCUCCUAUUUGUUUCGGAGAAAUCUAUCACGGUCACCAUCACGGCAUGUGGUCCAACAAGAGGAAGAGGGGGAUGAUGAAACAGAGUCGCCGACUUUCGUUCUGGCAGAGAUAUUACAGGCACUCGAAGUCCAGGGAAUGCAACCAGAAUACUAUGUGGAAAGAGCGAAUUCUCUAGUCCUCCUCUUCAAGCGACAUCCAACGCUCAAGUACGACUUGGCGUGGUCCAUUUUUGGUCUCAGAAUGCAGACGAUGCUACUCAGCGAUAGCCGUGAAGUUGUCGCAGCCGCGUAUAGGGUCAUGCGGUAUGCCUUCACCGAUCGCAAGUCUCUCCGAAUCAUCAGAGGCUUGCACACAGAUUACCUGGUCAUUCUGUCGCUUGUAAAAGAGAGCAAGGCCAGUGUGGAGCGAGAGCAAGCCCUCAAAUUUGUUCGAGCCUUCCUAGAUGUCAAGGGAGGCGUGGAAGAGAUCUCUCGCGCUGUUGUUCGCAUUAUUGUGGCUGUUGCAGAGCAUGCCGAAGACCGACUUAGGAACAUUGCCACUCUCACGCUUGCCGAAAUCCUUGUCCGUAAACCGGCUCUUCUUGUUUCGGCUGGUGGAAUGGGUGCUUUGGCUGAUGCUUUAGGCGAAGGAAGUUACCACGCUGCUGAAAGCAUUGGUGUAGCCUUCCUCUACCUUCUGGAUACUCCGCGGCGACGAAGCUACCUGCGUUCUGGGCGCGAGCUGGAGGCGCCUUUUGCCAUGUUUACAGAUGCAAGUUCUGUUCAUGGGCAUUUGCAUGAGGAGAAGCUCAAAGUAAAUGCCAAGGUGAUUGCGUCUCUACUUCGGAGCUGGCCUGGCUUGAUGACUUUGUGUAUGAACGAUUUCCUCCCUCUUCGCUCCUUACUACUUUCUCUACAAAUCACAACCCCUCACGUUAGGAACAUUAUUCUGGAGCUACUGUUCGAUCUUCUCCGUAUCAAACCUCCGUCAUGGUCUUCCUCCUUUCUAGCUGGGCGUCGUCUGACCACUUAUGGACGGGUGACAAAUCUGAAGAAUCUACAGGUUAAAGACCAAGCCACUAGCAGACCUGAAGACGACACAAAUAAAUGGAGUUUGCUCGACCACUACGUCGCGGUGGUAUUGGCGGCUUUUCUUCACGCUGGACUAGUGCCCGCAUUACUGCUUGCUGAGGAAGAGCCGUUGACUUUGCCUUUGAAACGCAAAACGACCCUCUUACUCGGCGAAGUGCUAAAGAUGGCAAACGAACUACUACCACCAUCCUGGAGCGCACAGCUUCAGGUUCUACCGCAGCUUUUACAUUCUGCGGCAUGUUUUCAGUCAGAGGACCGAUUUGUUGCUAUUGGUACCAUAUAUCAAGUGGACAGUAUCAACAGGACUCUAUACCGGUCCGGCCCCACAUCUUUAUAUACCACUAAGGGUACCAUGGCCGCUGAUCCAACCUCAAAUUCUCGACAAACCGAUCAAUCCAAAGUCCAAGCUGCAAUGCAAAUAGAUGAAGGUCAAUUCAGGACUCUGAUGCUUGAUACUCAGGUCUUGAACACGGUGUCGUUCCAGAAGUGGAGAUGGGAUCUGAUCUUGACGAUUAUUGAAGGUCCUUUACUCAACCCCAAACGCUUGGAUGAAGCUAUCAAAGUCACAAAGUUUGUACAUCGAUUGCUGGGUUUCUAUCGGCCGUUCAAGUAUCGAUUUUCUGAGGUGAAAAAUACGAAGCCCAAUCAGAGAUACGUUCGUGCAGGUUGUGCUUUGAUACACAGUCUCUUACAAAACUCCGAGGGCGUCAAGUAUCUCGGCGAGAGCAAGUUUAUCCGCCAGCUUGCCGAAUGUUUGUCUCACUUCGACAGAAUGAGUGGCUUAACUUCUGAAUCGCCCAUUUUUCAAGCGGACCGGAUGAACGAAACACUUACUGGUGGUUACUUUGCCCUGUUAGGUGCAUUGACGAAGGACUCUCGCGGUAUUCAAAUAUUGGAAAGAUGGAGAGUUAUCAACAUGUUUUACCACAUUGUCGAACUCAAUGACCGCGAUGACUUGAUCCGGACUCUGCUUAGCAAUAUGGAUUACACCUUGGAUGGACAUAUACGCAUCAUUAUAUCCAAGGCCAUGACGUCUUGUUCCAAAGAGAUACGUAUUUUCGCGACGAGAUUACUACGCAAGUACGCGACGAAGCCAAUGCAACAGAACAGCUCUGUCGGUGUUGCAGAAUGGGCUAUCAGGCUACUUGUUACACAACUGUAUGACCCGGAUGUGGAAGUAUGCGAGGUUGCAAUCAAGAUUCUGGAAGAGGCUUGUAACCAGACGGAGUCCCUAGAGUUUGUGGUCAAAUGCCGUCCUGCCUUGGAUCAUUUGGGUGAAAUUGGCGCUCCCCUGCUCCUCCGUUUCCUAUCGACAUCAGUAGGAUAUCAUUAUCUUGACGGCCUGGACUACAUCACGAGGGAAAUGGAUGACUGGUUCCUCGGGCGAAACGAUACUUACGUUGCCUUGAUCGAGGCCUCUAUGGCACGUGCAUUGGCCGACAUUCCAGAAAAGCCUUCGGCUCAUUUGAAUUACGACGAUACACCCGAGGUAACGGACUAUGGUCUUGUUCCUCCUCAUUUCUAUCGAGAAUUGACCAGGACAAAAGAAGGUUGCAAGCUGCUCAAACAGAAGGGACACUUUGACGAGUUUGCUGCCAACAUCCGUGACUUUGCCAUGGAGAAUGAUGAUCCAGAAAUCAUAGUCAAGGUCAAAGGCUGCUUAUGGGCGGUAGGAAACGUGGGUUCCAUGGAACUGGGUGCGCCCUUCCUCGAAAGCUCCGAUGUAGUCAAAUGGAUUGUGCAGAUUGCGGAGCAAUCCGAAGUCAUGUCACUCAGAGGGACAGCCUUUUAUGUGCUGGGUCUGAUUUCAAAAAGUCUUCACGGUCAAGAGAUACUUCUAGAGUACGGAUGGGACGGAGUGGUCAACGAGGCUGGUGAAGCACUCGGAUUUUGUCUUCCGUUGGACUUUAACAAGUUGUUUGCCAUGAGACCCUGGGUUGCCAAGUCCAGUGAACUCAGGUGGAAUCCCAAAGGCGAGAUCAAGGUGGCCAUUACUGAUAGCGACCCGGUGAAUGCACGCAUAUUGAAGCUUGCUACAGACCUGGGCAAUACAGUGCUUGCCAAGAAGGCGGCGAACGACUUACAAGUUAUCAAGUCCAGAAAGGUGGCUGCGUUUAGCAGACCUUCGAUCUUCCACAAGGUUAUGCAGAUACUGGAAGCACAUCAUUUCCGGCUUCCAGCCUGUCGGUUUGUUCUAGAUCUGUUUGACAAGCGGGUGCUUGAACAGAUUGUGCUAGAGGAGGAAGAGGAAGAAGAGGCUGAUAGCAGCGAGUCUGAAUCGGAGUCCGAGGCCGAUCAGGGUCUGUCGAAUAGCGUGCGGGUGUCCAUGUCAUGA